AUUGAGGACUUUAGCCACUUUCUGUACAAAAUAACUGAAUAUCAACAUGGCUCGGAGAAGAUUUGAAAAAUUUGAUGAAUCACUAAAAGCUGGCCAAGAGACAGAAAAAGGAAAGCAGGGCACAUUCUCCAAGGUGGAGGUUGUCAAAGUGAGGAAACUUGAUGCUAGUCUUGGAUCUGUGUAUUCUCUCCAGUACUCCAUGGAUGGCCGCUUCCUUGCUGCCGGCUUUCAGAAUGGGUCCAUUCAGCUCUUGUCAUCAACAACAGGAGAACUGAAGAAAGAUCUACGUAAAACGAGACAUGGCGGUUACCCGAUCAUGAGUUUGAAAUUCCACCCCAAAGAUCACAGCAUCCUCUUUGCUGGCACAUCAGAAGGACUUGUGUACGCCAUCAAUAUUGAGACAGGAGACUUUCAGACAAUUUGUACAGAAACUGGCAAUGAAAUCAACUGUAUAGACUUUGAUUCAGAGGGAUAUAAUUUUGCCACAGCAGGAAAAGAUUUGGCUGUGCGGAUUUAUGACUUGAAAACCUACCAGCUUGAACGAGAAUACUCUGGGUAUGAUGAGAAAACACCCAACGAACAAGUCUGUCUAGGAAAUACGAGCCGAGCUUUUGCCUUGAAGUAUCAUCCAGAAUUCAACCACAUUUUUAUCACUGGGGGAUGGGACAACAACAUUAAGAUUUGGGACAGUCGGCGAAAUGACGGGGUUGUAAGAAUCAUCAGUGGACCUCAUAUCUGCGGUGAUGCUAUUGAUAUAUCUAAACAUCACAUCCUGACGGGCUCAUGGUGUGCGAACCACGCUCUACAGGUGUGGAACUACACAGACGGCGAUCUGAACAAGAACGUCACGUUCCCGCACAAAGGAAACGGAGCAUUUCUCUACUGCGCUCAGAUGUGUGAUAACAAUGUGGUUCUGGCCGGAGGGAGCGGCACCAACAGUGCCAAAGCAAUUGAUGUUAAAACUGACACUUGUCUUGGUGAAGUUGAAAUGAAGAAACCUGUUCAGGCUUUGGACAGUACACUGGGUGGACGCAUGUUUGCUGUGGGCGGUUCGGAUGACUGCAUCAUCCUGGCAUCCUUAUCCUAAAACAAUGGCCUCAAUCUUACAUCUGUUAAUAGACUGGACUGUUUCUGACUUUGGGGAAAUAACAUUAUUUUGGAGGUUUAGUGGGACACAGAAGGUAAACUGUUUAUGGUGAUCACUUUAUUCUAAAUAGUGUUGGACACUGAAGAGGAAAGUAUUCGAGGAAAACAACUUGGGUUCAAAGCUAUACUAUCCAACAAAUGGAACUGCCUCUGAUAACAAAUUAGCUUAACUGCAUGUACCAAGUGGCAAGUGGAAUAUAAAGCAAACAGUAUUGAAAUGUAUUACUUUUUUAUAAUAUAUAUAUAAAUAAUGGCUUCAUUUGUUUAUAAUACUGAAAAACAAAUAAUAGUAUGGCUCAUUUGCAAUGAUUACCAAUUGUCUGAGCAUACUCAAAACAAUUCUUAUUCUGGUCUGAUAUGGUAUCUACAGUAUGAGCUUUUUCUCAUAACUGUAUUCAGAAAUCUUAUGAUAUUUUUACACAGGUAAAUUAUGUUUGAAAUUCAUGAACCAGAUGUGAAUGGUCACACAUAAUAUUAUUCAUAAUUGGCACAUUAUAAACCAGAUUUGGAUGGUCACACAUAAUAUGAUUCAUAAUCGGCACAUUUGAAGUUUAUUUCCAAAACAUAUUUUUUAAUAUGAAUGUUCAACUAGGAAAGAAUAUGAGAGUUAAUUUUCUUUUAUUAAUAAUUAAGAAUGGUUUUAAAUAAUACAACAUAAGCUUUGUUUUCUCUGUGUCUUUUGUGUGUUGUAGUUACCCGAAAGAUGGCUUUAAUAUAAUGUACUACAUGAUAGUCAGCAAUAUCUUCCGUAUAUGUGAGAUUUUAAAAAUGUGUUGUUGUUUUUUUUACCCAUAUAUGGGGAUUGUUGCCAAUUUGAAGGAUUUUACAGUCCAUUUAUAAGUAUUAGCCCAUCUAUAAGUAUAAGUAUUAUUUUAUUUUUAUUUUUUUUAGUAAUAGAUGGUACUGCCUUAAGAUGUCUGCAGAUGUCAACUCCACGUUUUUGCUGUGAGACUAACAUUUUUAGGUUGAAAAUCAUGUUCUCACUUUUAACAUGUCAAAUCUCAUGUCCUUAAAAAUAUUUUACACAAAUCAAAAAACCAUUUUAACGAAAUGUCGAAACCUUAGUACAUUCUGAACAUUCUUGUCUGUUAUUAAUCACAGGAUUGUUUGAAUAGUCUUAUUGUUACAUGUAUACAAUUAGUGUGAAAACAUCUACGAAAUGUUGCUCAUAAAUAUCACUUAUAAAACUACAGAGGCCUAAAAAUAUAUGUAAUAAAUAAUAAUUUGGCAGAGGUGGGGGGGGGGGGUGUUCCUAAUAAGUUCCCCUACCAGAUCAUAAAUAUCACUUGUGAAACCUAUUGCUACUAGAGACUUUACAAUAUAUCUAAUAAAUCAUAAUUUAGUGGAGGUUGGGGGACUUUGUUCCCAAUGAGUCCCCCUACCAGAGCGUCAUCCUGAACACUGACCAGCCCUUGGCCCCAGACUUUAGGCUGAAACUCACACCUUGAAACAUUCACACAUUGACAGCUCCGUGUCUGUUAGCAUUGUACUGCCAAAAUAUUUAUCAUGGGAAGGUGAAAAUGGUGUCUGCUAGAUAAUUCAUUUACAUUGCCCACAACUGAAUUAUUUUGAUAAAAUGUAUAACUGAAUUUGUUAAGUGAAACAUUGUGUUUCAUAUAACUUGUUUUGUGAGAUAUGAUGUUUUCUACAUGUUUACGGUUUGUUUAUAGUUUUUACAUUUUUUAUUUUUUUUUAAACAUGUUUUUCUCACACUAUAAUUUGAAUAUGUGUUCAGCCAAAAACACCUAGCAACUAUAAUACUGUACAUAAAAGAUUUGUUACACGUGGUUUUGAAUGUGAAAAAUAUCAACUGAGUCUAUGUUAAUUGGUAUUUGUCUCAACAAAUACCAAUUACUGUAACAAGAUGAGGUAGAUAAUUUACAUAUUAAAAAACAGGAGUAGUGAAUUUUACUUAUUCUACAACACUUGCCUUCAUCAGUAAUAUAACAUCAUCACAACUGGCACAAAUGUAGUUUAUCAAAAUGUUACACUCAGGUCUUGUUGCCUUGUAAACAAAUGACCCAUUGACAGCAAUAAAUAUAUUAAUUGAAUUAAUAAACCCAAAUAUCAACUGGGAUUGACAUGGAUAUUAUUGGAUAAACAACAUUAUUUUAGGCUUUUUAUACUUUUGACAUUUUCACAAUUAUAAAAUUCUAUAUUACUUUUGUUUUACAUUAGACUGUUCCUUUUUGAAGUAUUAAAGAGGUUACCUCAAAGUUGCAUAAUGUGGGGAUGUUUAUUUUUUGUUGGGGGCAUUGUAUAGUUAUUCUUGGACAAGUUACUAUGCCAUAUAUCCAGUUAAGCAUGUGGGGUUGGGUAGUCUAGACUGGUGAGUGAAGUUUAUAGGUGGGGAGGUCAAAACAUGCUCCCCCAAGAAAUACAUGGGAAAAAAAUAAUUGCUUGAGCAGGGUGGGUGGGGGGGUGUUUCGACCUUAACCCCUUGUACCUGUUAAGACAAGUGCUGGGUGGGCAUUGUCAACUAGUUUAAUUGGGUGAUUCCACUAUCCAUUGGGGGUGGCAACUAAAUAUUAACUAGCCUUGCAUCUGGCAUGUGUGUAUGUAUGUGUAUGCAAUACAUAAUCUUCAUCACUUUCAAAGUCUGUGUGUCAUCAGUCUCUACAGAAUUGCUGAUUUUUAAGAUUUGCUAAGACUUUAGAUCUGACAAGAUUGUACUCCAGUCACACUGGCUUUCUCUGUCCUUUGUGUUAUGCUAAUUAGGACAAGACUAAUGUGGAAUAGAUUAAUUUGAAUUUAUUAAGUGUUAAAAUAGUAAAAUAUGGCAAUUGCAGCUUUGUCGUACAUGUAAUACUUUUAGGUAACUAAUACAUUUGAACCAUACACAUUUUCCUUUUUUGACUGCUUUUGUAUUCAGUAUUAAAAAUUAUCAGGGUAAUCAAGUUUUAAAUAAUGUAACAUUUUAGUAAAAAUUAUAACAAAUAUAUGUGAACAAUAAUUUCAAUAUUUGACUGGUUUGUGUAUCACAGGUAACACGCUAGUAUGGGGGGGACCGAUUAGUUUUUCAUCAUGCUAACCUCUCUCAAUGCAUGUUAGCAAUGUUUAUUUUGUGACAGUUUUGUGUCUGUUGUAUUUAAUGGCAAAGUAUAUAUAUGUACCAAACCAUACUUUUCAUAUUCAGAUUGGAUUUUGAAACUACAGAAAUAUAGUACAAAAAAUAAUGAUAUCUUGUUGAUAUUUGGUUGAUAACGUACUGAUUUUAUGUUAAUGUCAUGUUGAUAUCUGGUUGAUGUCAUGCUAAUGUCAUGUUGAUAUCUGGUUGAUGUCAUGCUGAUGACAUGUUGAUAUCUGGUUGAUAUCCAGUUGAUGUCAUGUUGAUAUCUGGUUGAUGUCAUGUUGAUAUCUGAUUGAUGUCAUGUUGAUGUCAUGCUGAUGUCAUGUUGAUAUCUGAUUAAUGUCAUGUUGAUAUCUGAUUGAUGUCAUGCUAAUGUCAUGUUGAUAUCUGAUUGAUGUCAUGCUGAUGUCAUGUUGAUAUCUGGUUGAUGUCAUGCUGAUGUCAUGUUGAUAUCUGAUUAAUGCCAUUUUGAUAUCUGAUUGAUGUCAUGCUAAUGUCAUGUUGAUAUCUCAUUGAUGUCAUGCUGAUGUCAUGUUGAUAUCUGGUUGAUGUCAUGUUGAUAUCCGGUUGAUGUCAUAUUGAUAUCUGAUUGAUGGCAUGCUGAUGUCAUGUUGAUAUCUGAUUGAUGGCAUGCUGAUGUCAUGUUGAUAUCUGAUUGAUGUCAUGCUGAUGUCAUGUUGAUAUCUGAUUAAUGUCAUGUUGAUAUCUGAUUGAUGUCAUGUUGAUAUCUGGUUGAUGUCAUGCUGAUGUCAUGUUGAUAUCUGGUUGAUGUCAUGUUGAUAUUUGGUUGAUGUCAUUUUGAUUUCAGGUUGAUAUCAUACUGACUUUAUGUUGAUGCCAUGAUGAUAUGCUGGUCUUAGGUGGAUGUCUGAUUGAUGUUAGGAUUAUGUCAUAUGACAUAUAAUAUGUUCAUGUUAAUUUAUUCCAAUUGUGCAGCAUUUUUAUGAUUGUAUAUACUGCCCUUGAGUCCAUUCAAAGGAAUUAAUUGUACUUGGGUAUGUUGCUUCUUGUUAUUUAUGAAAAUAUCACAGAGGAACUUAUAUAAAUGCAGGACUUUGAAAGUUGACACAAAAGCAGUUUAUUGUUUUGUAUGUUAAUAGUAAAAAUUUGAUUUUGAUACAUGGCUUACUUUUAAAAUUAGAUAUGAUAAUGUUAAAAAACUUGGAUAUGAUAAUGUUAAAAAACUAUACCAUUGACAACUUUCUCACCAUAUCUGUAUGUAUUAAAAACAAUGGUUCAUUGGCCACCAUUUUUUCCCCCAUGACCCAUAGCUUUUUUUCCCAGGAUGAAGUACCUUUCUUCAUUUAUUUUUGCCCCAUAUAUUUUUAAUUUCUUUUUUAAGUUCUUGUACCCUGAACUUGUCUGCAUGACAGUUGUCAGCGUUCUUUGGGCGAUAGUCCCAUUAUUGAAUAGUCUGUAGGAUUGUAGUUGGGAGAUAGUCCCAUUAUUGAAUAGUCUGUGGGAUUGUAGUUGGGAGAUAGUCCCAUUAUUGAAUAGUCUGUAGGAUUGUAGUUGGGAGAUAGUCCCAUUAUUGAAUAGUCUAUAGGAUUGUAGUUGGGAGACAAAAAGGAAAUGUCAAAGUGUUACGGGAAAAUAUAACUUGCAGAAAGGUCAGGCAGUGUGUUUCAUCCUAGAAAAAGGUAAGGCAGUGUGUUUCAUCCUAGAAAAAGGUCAGGCAGUGUGUUUCAUCCUAGAAAAAGAAGACUUUUGGGUGUGGUAAAAGACAGUGGUCCAGUAUAUAUAUAUAUAUAUAUAUAUAUUAAAUAUAACUUGCAAAAAGGUAAGGCAGUGUGUUUCAUCCUAGAAAAAGGUACGGCAGUGUGUUUCAUCCUAGAAAAAGAAGACUUUUGGGUGUGGUAGAAGACAGUGGUCCAGUGUAUAAAUAUAUAUUAAAUAUAACUUGCAAUAUAACUUGCAAAAAGGUAAGGCAGUGUGUUUCAUCCUAGAAAAAGAAGACUUUUGGGUGUGGUAGAAGACAGUGGUCCAGUAUAUAUAUAUAUAUAUUAAAUAUAACUUGCAAAAAGGUAAGGCAGUGUGUUUCAUCCUAGAAAAAGAUGACUUUUGGGUGUGGUAGAAGACAGUGGUCCAG